AUGUUAAAACGUAUUUAUUUACCUUUAUUGUUCUUCGUGAUAAUAGCAGCAAAAUAUGGUUAUGCAGACAGAACCAAGGAUAAAAUGUAUUAUUUCAUUACCAAUUCUACAGGGUGUUAUAGAAGGAUGAAUGGGACACAUCAAAUAGGGUGUACUUCUAAACGAGGGGGUUCUAAUGGGGUAAUUCAUUACUGUGAAAGCGAAAAAGACUUGGAUUUUAUUCUGGAAAAUGGAAAAGCCCCACCUUACAUCCCAGUUAUGCCCAACAACCUCUUAACAUUAAACAUUGUCAACAAAUUGAAGAAAAAUAUUCACACUAUAUCAGGCUUGGUAAUACACAAUAAAAACACUCCUGAGUACUUUACACAUGAUAAUCAAUGUCCAAACAUUAAUUCCAACCUUAAAAACACCUGUGGCGAUGGUAAUCCCAUAUGGAAUAAACACGGUACCGGUUUGUUAUUCAACAAUAUUCCCUUUCCAUUAUUUUUUAUUGACAGUGAUGAGGAUGUGAAAAAAAUUAAGGAUUGUUUUCAAAAAUUCAACAAUCAUUCAUUUGAAACCCAAAAUGAACGUACAUUGUGUUCAUUGCAGUUAAAAUCGUUUAUGUUUGGGGCUACUAGUACACCAACAUGUCAAAGACGUUCAAAUAAACAAACCAACAUAAUACCAGUCAAAUUCUGCGACCCAUUGGGCGACUAUAACAUUUGGUCGAGCUUGUACCCAGUGACAGAUAAAGACAAAAACCCCAUACAGAACGCUUCGUAUAUUGUAAUAUCUGCCAAAAUGGACACAACUUCCAUGUUUGAAAAAACUGCCGGCGCCCAAUCACCAAUAACAGGCUUAGUGACUUUAUUGGGAGUCUCCAAGUAUUUGAAAACCAUUUUGCCAGAAAAUCCCACAGAAGAUAAAAACGUCCUCUUCUUACUUUUCAACGGCGAAACAUACGAUUACAUCGGUUCUCAGCGAAUGCUCUACGACAUGAAAAACGGUAAUUUCCCGGUCAAAAACGAAAACGGUGAAAACGACUUUUUACCGGUGAUAAGACCCGAACAAAUAUCGCUUUUUAUCGAAAUCAGUCCUAUAAAAUCCAGCAAAAAUUUGUAUGUUCACCAUUUGAAGGAUAACGAAAAGAUUGCAGGCAUUGUUGCCAAAUUGCAAAACGCUACCAUUUUAAACAUUUACCCUGUAAAGGGUAGUUUGCCACCGGCCAGUCUGCACACCUUUGUGAAAAACGACCAUAAUUUUCCGGGUGCCAUUUUGACAGAUUACGAAAAAACAUUUUCGAAUAAUUUUUAUAAUUCAAUUUAUGAUAAUUCUUCCAAUAUCGCCUAUAAAUAUUACAAUGUUACGGAGAUAGAAAAUGGUAAAAAUAUUCCUAAAAACAGCAUUCAAGGUUAUAUAGUAGAUGUGGCAACAGCGCUCGCCAAAAGCGUCUACCAAGAGUUGAAGGGAGAAAUAUACAGGGGAGACCAAAAACUGGACAUUGUUUUGAUCGACGAAUUAUUACACUGUUACUUGGAAAAUCCAAACUGUAGAGUACAUCAGGUCAUCAGCGGUCCCAAGUUACAAAAAACACCGUUCAGUCUUUAUGUUGGUAUCGAUAAUCACAGUAACCUUUUGACCCCUCUGGUGGCAAUGGUUCUUGGUUGGACAACUGGCGACAUCUCUGGAGAGGGAAACAUAAAUUGUACAAAUAUCCCAAAAAGUUAUUCGCAUAAAUUUUACAAUAUGUCGGAAAGUAUAUACGAUUUAAAUUCUACAAAGUGUUUUAAAGUUACUUUAAACCAAACGGAAGCAAUUAGUCCAGCUUUUAUUAUUGAUGACUAUGAUUGGUCCUCUGGCCAAUACAGCACAUGGUCUGAAUCUACAUGGGACGAUAUUAGUAUGAGGGUGUUUUUAAAACCAUCCCCAGCCCAUGAAAAAUUAACAAUUUCCAUUGGUUCAAUUUCAAUGAUACUAUCAUUCGCGAUAGUCUAUUUUUUUAAGACUAGAUCUCAUAUUUUGUUUAUACCGAGUAUUCCCAACGAAACGCCAACCGAAUGUUAA